CACGCGCAACAUCGCUCCUGCGCACGAUAUACCCCAUCCCGCACCGCUCUUUCUCCACCAGCAUGGCGAUCCGACGAGAACGCGCCCUCCCGGCGUCCUUCUACCGCGGCGGCACGUCCAAGGCCGUCAUCUUCCAGCGGUCCCAUCUGCCCGCGGACGAGAAGAAGUGGGACCCCAUCUUCCUCUCGACCAUCGGCAGCCCGGACCCCAACGGCCGCCAGCUGGACGGCAUGGGCGGCGGCAUCUCGUCCCUGUCCAAAGUGAUCGUGCUCGACAAGUCGGCCCACCCGGACGCCGAUAUCGACUACACGUUCGUCCAGGUCCACGUCAAGGCGCCUGUCGCCGACUAUGGGAGUAACUGCGGCAACAUGCUCUCUGCCGUCGGGCCGUUCGCGCUCGAGCACGGGCUCGUCGCGCCCAACCCCCAGCAGAGCGGCGAGAACCUCGUGCGCAUCCUCAACACGAACACGAACAAGAUCAUCCACGCCAGCUUUCCCGUGUUUGCCGAUGCGCCGACCGAGGCGGACCUUAGUGGGGACUUUGCGAUCGACGGCGUGGCGGGGACGCACGCGCGGAUUACGCUGGACUUUGUGGACCCGUCUGGCUCGCGCACCGGCAAGCUCUUCCCCACCGGCAACACGGUCGACGAGCUCGAGCUGCCCGGCUCGUACGGCUCAAUACCGGCCACGCUGAUGGACUGUGGGAACCCAUGCGUCUAUGUCCUCGCGUCCGACCUCGGCCUCAACCCUACCAUCUUGCCGCCCGACCUCGAGAACGACAAGGAGAUGCUCAAGAAACUGAGUGCGAUCCGCGCUGCGGCAUCCUUCCGCAUGGGCCUGGUGCCCUCCGUCGAGGCGGCGGCCAAUAUGAAGUCAGUCCCCAAGGUGUGCGUCAUGUCCGCACCCAGCACGCACACUGUGCUGUCUGGCGCCGAGCUCACCCCCGACUCUGUCGACGUCGUGACACGGUGUAUCUCCGCCGACGACCCGCACCGCGCGCUGCCCAUCACCGCGUCGCUGUGUACCGCCGCCGCUGCACAGGUGCCUGGAACUCUGGUGCAUGGUAUGGUGUCUGGCCCAAGAGUCAGCGAGGCAGGUAUCGUCAUCGGCCACGCGAGCGGAACGAUAGAGGUCGGCGCCGACGUUGUGCAGAAGCCCGAGAACGGCGAGUGGGUAGUUCCAAAGGCCCGGGUGUUCCGAACAGCAAGGAAGCUGUUCGAGGGGAAUGUGUACUACAAGGAAUAG